GUCGUGGUGAAAAUACAACUUGGGCGUGGCCGGUGUCUUUUGAUGUGGCUGUGCUCAGGAAUUACCUUCCUUUUUGGUGGAUCGCUCAACUUGGUCGUCUUCAUCCAUCAUGAGUGUCGUUCGUUCUUUCAAAGCAACUGAUAUGUUCACAUUUAACAAUAUCAAUCUGGACAUCUGGACAGAGACCUAUAACAUUGGCUUUUACCUGAGCUAUCUUUCACGAUGGCCAGACCUUUGCUGCGUACAGGAAUCACCUAACGGUCGCCAGAUGGGCUACGUUAUCGGAAAAGCAGAGGGGACCAACACCGAAUGGCACGGACAUGUUACCGCCAUAUCCGUAGCACCGGAAUACCGGAGACUCUCUCUUGCACGUAAAAUGAUGACCCUUCUAGAAAUGGUCUCGGACGAUAUCUACCGCGGAUACUUUGUGGAUUUAUACGUUCGGUGCACCAAUAACGUCGCAAUAGAAUUGUAUGAAGGGCUUGGGUACAGUGUAUAUCGCAGGGUACGGGAGUAUUAUGGUAAUCUCGGCGUAGGAAAAGGCGGUAGAGAUGAGGAAGAUGCCUUUGAUAUGCGCAAACCUCUAUCUCGGGAUCCCGGAAGACGCUCUGUUCGAACUAAUGGACGCGACAUGCUCGUCAGUGCACAUGACGUGCCAUGAAGUGCUCUGUCAGUGUCCGGCUGCAGAACCUAUGUAGCCUCAUGUCACGGUACUAUGCAAAAUACAGGAUAGCGGAUCUUACCUCCGUAAUCGUUUCCUGCUUCAAUAUGAUCGCUGAUCUCCUCCUGAGCAUCCAUAAGCUUUCUCUACCUCCGGCCGAUAUGCAUGAUGAUACGUUUCUUCGGUUCUUAUAUAUACAACUCUGUGAUUGAGAUCCACUACAUUGUUCUUGCCUUCGGCCGUUUCACCUCAACACUGCGGACAAUUUUGAAGGCAAGAUUACUUCAUGCAGCGGAGAUCC